AUGCAUUAUUUUUUUCUUUGCAGAGUACAAUGCAAGGAAGCCUGCCGGACAUCGAAAGUUAAGAUUUACGGGACCGAGGCUUAUUAUCAGCGCUCCUCCGUGUGCAAGAGCGCCCUGCACGACUUCCGCAUAUCAUCCUGGAACUCGUCUGCGCGGACGGUUGACAUUGUCUUCAGUGUUGGUAGAAAGUACGAGUUUUCGGCGUCACUGCAGAAUGGCGUCCUCUCCAAAAGACUUUUGGGACCACCGCGGGAUUUCUUCUACUUUGAAUCACCUCGUAUAAAAGAAUAUCCCCUGCUGAAAACAAGGCCCAGCGUCACAGACGUGAAAGAUACAUCAGCCGUUGUGAGUUGGGACUCUACGCAAGUCGACGGCGAAGUCAACGCGGCUCACUACUGGAUUCAGUACCGGAAGUUGAACGAGUCCUGGGUCAAAGUGGUCGUGGUGGCCGCGUCCAAGGCUCCCAAGUACACGAGAACGCUGCAUGGUUUGCGCAGCGGUGACGCCUAUGAAGUCCGGGUGCUGGUCAUUGACUCGGACGGAAAGUUUCAGGAAACAGGCUCGCUGACCACAAAAUUUCGAACUCUUUGCGGAAGGCCCACAUCCCCUCCAAGUAACGUCAGCAUUGACAACUCCAGCGCUGACAGCGUACUAAUAACGUGGGAGAACCCCCCUCGAGAGUCGUGGCUUUGCUGGAGCGCCAACGUCACCCUGGAAGUGAACGGGACCACGGAGUCGUUCAACCUGACCGAACCCGGUGUGAAUGCCACCGACCGAUUCGUCGUGCCCACGCGUCCCUUCACGGAGCUGACCAUUAGGCUCCGUCUGGACACGCCCGAGCGUACAUCGAGUCAGUGGACGAGACUUUGGACAGUCAGGUCCGCUGAGGACGCGCCCAGCGAAGUUCGGCAACUUCAGAUGACAAGAAGCUUCGCACGGCAGGCGAGCUUCACCUGGUUAUCACCGGCCACACCCAAUGGUCGCAUUCGGGAUUACGGGGUCGUCUACAGACCACUGCGCCUGGUCCUCCCGUGCAGUCCGAUCGAACAAACCGAGACCAAACUAAUUAUGCCCAUGUCGUCGCAGCGUGUCAACCUCGAAGAGCUACGCCCAUACGCCGUCUACACCAUCUCUGUACACGCUGUGACCGUCAAACCCGGUCCAGAGUUCACGAUCAACUUCACAACGGAACAAGACGUUCCCGAGGGAACCCCGACGGCCCUGAACUACUCGAAAGGGACUGGUGACGAGUACGUGAUCUUCUGGGGGCCCGUCCCCUGUGAACUUGCCAACGGCGUCGUGCGCCGCUACUACUUGGAACUGGACAGCGCCGACCCGUGGGAGAGCAGGCUGGUGAACCACACCACGGGGGACAUGAGACUCGGCUUCAGCGACCUGCUGCCCUACACGCGCUACCGGGCCAAGCUGUACGCUGAGAACGACGCGGGUCGCUCUCAAGUCGCUGCCGAGCUCAACUUCACCACGUCACCUGCCGCGCCCAGCGAAAUUCGGCAACUUCAGAUGACAAGAAGCUUCGCACGGCAGGCGAGCUUCACCUGGUUACCACCGGCCAUGCCCAAUGGUCGCAUUCGUGAUUACGCGGUCGUCUACAGACCACUGCGCCUGGUCCUUCCGUGCAGUCCGAUCGAACAAAGCGAGAUUAAACUAAUUGUGCCCAUGUCUUCGCAGCGUGUCAACCUCGAAGAGCUACGUCCAUAUACCGUCUACAUCAUCUCUGUACACGCUGUGACCGUCAAACCCGGUCCAGAGUUCUCGGCAAACUUCACAACUCAACAAGCCGUUCCUGAGGGAACCCCGACGGCCCUGAACUACUCGAAAGGGACUGGUGACGAGUACGUGAUCUCCUGGGGGCCCGUCCCCUGUGAACUUGCCAACGGCGUUGUGCGCCGCUACUACUUGGAACUGGACAGCGCCGACCCGUGGGAGAGCAGGCUGGUGAACCACACCACGGGGGACAUGAGACUCGUCUUCAGCGACCUGCUGCCCUACACGCGCUACCGGGCCAAGGUGUUCGCAGAGAACGACGCGGGUCGCUCUGAAGUCGCUGCCGAGCUCAACUUCACCACGUCACCUGCCGCGCCUCCAUCUCCCAGGAACCUGACGGCCCAUCAGCUGUCUCCAACGAACCUAUCCCUGACGUGGAGCCCUCCGUACCCGCCACACGGUGUACUGGAGCGUUACCAAAUCAAGUUCCGGACGAACGGUAUUCGCAGCAACUCUACCCUUCUCAACGUCGACCAGUACCAGUGCUUCCCCGAGAACAGCGACUUGGAAAGACACUGUUUCACUGUGUCCAACUUGCUACCUGUUACUAUCUACCGUUUCUCGGUGAGGGCGUUCAAUCGCGGCACAACACACGGUCCUUACUCGGACGAGCUGGAGAUAGAGACAGGAGAGACGGUUCCAGAUGCACCCGCCAGCGUCCGCUGCGUGAGGAGAGAGGAAAACAGCCUCAAGAUUCAGUGGGACGAGCCUCAGCGAACGAAUGGAAUCUUAAAGCACUACCGGGUGAACGUAUCUCUCACACAUUCGUUCAGCAGUUCGGUGAAUGCGAGCACCCGUCCCAGGGCGGUGGUUCUCGAAGAUCUCACCACGAGAGAGUACAACCUGAGUGAUCUAUACCCGGGAACCACCUACAAGGUGUGCGUGCAGGCCAGCACAAGCGCCGGCUUCGGUGACGCCGUAUGCGACCUUUUCUCCACUAGAGCUGCAGAUCCUGUGGUACCCACGAAACCAAGGCUGAACGGCAUCGUGAACAGCACCAUCAACAUAACUUUGAAUCCGGUCGACUUCGCGAAGGGCCCCAUAACAGCAUAUUAUGUUUUUGUAGUACGAGGAUCUCAGGACGUUGAAGGACCGGUCGUUCCUGUCAACUUCAGCCACGCCCAAGAGAUGCAACUGGGUUACUACAUGGCGGCGAUGUUUAGUCCCGAGGAGGUCCGGGAACUGUCUGACUUUGUCCUGGGUGCAGGGAACGUCGUCGGCGGCUUCGAGAACCCUCCUCUCACUGACGCGACGCCUUAUCGGAUCGGUCUUCUCGUAGCGAGCAACUUUUCUGAUGAGAUUCGCUACGGAUACCGAUUGUCUGAACCGGUGAUGGUGGGAAAGACGGAUGGAACUUCUGAAAUAAGCAUAGUUUUGGCGGGGGUGCUGGCGCUUCUUGUACUACUGGCGUUAAUGGCCGCUGCCCUAAUUUGCUUCUGCAUCAGAAGGCGUUCCGGGCCCGGUUCACCAAGAAAAAGGGGCCCCCAGGAUCCCCUUUCACGGCUGUCGAAACUUCAAGCUACAAUCAGGUGGCGAGGAACCUUGACCCCAGACAGAGCAUCAACUACAUACUUGGUGGAUGACAGCUGCCUUCCGGAUACGGGCAUGACUCCGAGCAUGGACACCGGCGACUGCCUCAACAUGACGGAACUCCCGAAGGAGGGACUGCCCUUAAAACCGGCGCCUGCGAAGGAGCUUCAAGAGUAUGUCACCAACGGAUAGGCACAGGACAGACCCAGGGACAAAUACUCGAAUUUCGAGAAUGCGUAAAAAACAAAAGAAAAA